AUGACUAGAAAAAAGUUGGUUAUAAUUCUUCUUAUUGUUAUAUUCUUUAUUCUUUACAUAGGACCUUCGUUAACGAAUUGGCUUUUUGAAUCUGAGAGCUCAGCUGUGAGCAAUCAAAUAGUAUGUCAAAGAAACUUUAUAAAUCCUUUUCAAGAAGCAUUGGGAGACUAUGACGCCUACCUAAGGCAAGAAACUGCUGCUACUUUGACAUCUUCGAGACAUAACUACGUGCCUUAUGUUGGUAAUGGGUUAUUUGGUAUUGCUUUAGAGCAUGACUCCUUUUUGAAUAUUAAACAUGGCAGAACACUGUCAUUACCCGUGUACUAUCAUCCCUUGUACAUUGUUGAUGAUUAUGAUAUGAAAGAGGCUACCCUUGUUGACUACAAGAAAGGAAUUGUCCAUAGAUUUCAAUGUAGCAACACAGGAUUACAAAUAUCAUAUCAAUAUUAUGCACAUCGGACUAUACCUUCUCUCUUUGUUCAAGAGAUUCUAGUCAACAAUCCAACGAAUUCUGGUAAAACAUUACACCUAUCAAAUCCGAGGGUAUCUGAUUGGCCAACAUCAGUCAAACAGAUCGUAAAGUUACACCAGGGUGUUGAUGCAAAAGAGUACGAGGUUGUUACCGGUAUGAUACCAAUACCAGAGAGUGACAAGAUCAUAGCGGCAUCUGUAGUUUGCAGAAAAAUGGAGAAUGUUGUUCAAGUUGAUGCUCGUGAUGGUACUGAUAUUAUGAUAUUAACUACAAUUCAAUACAGCAAACCGAUUAAACAGUCUGAUUAUGCAAAACAUAAGGAUAUUGUAGAAAAAAAGGCUAUUGAUGAAAUGGAGAAAGUGAUUGCACUAACUGGAGAUAGAACUGCUGUGAGGAUGUUGAGAGAAAACCAUGCUCGAGUUUGGCAAGGUUUGUGGUACACUGGCUUUUACAUCUCCGAUUCUAAAGCAGAAGGUGUUAUCAAUGGUGACCGUAUUAAUGCAACAAUCUAUGCUAUUCUUUCACAAGUUAGGAGUUAUGAACAUGAGGAGAAUAUAAAGGCUGUAACAAGAUCUGAUAUAUUACGGUCAUUAACUUAUUCUGAGGGGUGUUAUGAAGGCUUUUCAACUUUGGAUGCACUUAAUUUGUGGAAACCAUUAAAUAAUCUGGCUAAUUUACACGCUGUUGCUAGUGUUUGGCUGUUAACAUUAGAGAAGCAAGGCUGCCAUAAUUUGCUGAAAGCUGGAGCCAGUGGUGUGAAUCAGGCAAUGAUAUUAAGUUUUGGUAGUUUACGUUUCAGCAAUCAACACUUAGAGUAUAAUAUACAUCCAUCGAAAUUGCACAGAGACUUUCUAUUCCGUCGCGUCAACUAUGGCAAUAUGACACAUGUAAAUAUCAGUGUGAUACUACAAGAAGAUAACAAAGCAGCUAUUUUUGUAGCAUUAGAUAGGUCAGAUAAAACAUAUUAUGCCUGCGAUGCUGGCUGCCUUGACUCCCCAGUGCAAUUAGGUCCAUAUCGGAAAUACUUCCCAGUGAAACUGACUGAGCCGUUGACAGCUAUAUUGUAUAUUACUGCUGAUAAGCAGCAUAUGGAGGAUUUACGGCAUGCUAUCCACGUAAGAGAGGUUAUAGAAGCGCCAGCGCAUGAGCACCAUGUGAUAGCAUUACACAAACAUGGCUAUAGUUUGGGUGGACUAAAUCCAUUAUUCUGGAUUACAAUAAUUGUGCUGAUAGUUAUGUUCCACUUGUUCCUAUGUAGGAUAAUCAUGAAUGAGUUUUGUGACAAUAGUGUUAGCUACAAAAGGCUCUACAACAAAGCCUGA